UCUUUAGCCUUCAAAGACAAUGCACAAAACUUGAAGUAAGAUUCUUGGGUAACUUGCUCUCCAAGUCUUGCCAUCAGCUACUAUAGAAAAAUGUUCACAAGACCUCCGAAAGUCUUCCGCGCCUUUUUCUUAGUUGUGUCCACUCUUUUGGGAUUUGUGACAUUGUUACGACUUCCUAAACAUCCAGACGCUACACGAAAUUCCGAGUCUUAUCACACUGGACUGUCUAGGGAGCGCAUUGACUGGUCCCGUUUUGCAUACACUCAAUAUGCCACAGACAGGUCUUAUCUCUGCAAUUCAGUCAUGAUCUUCGAGGCCCUUCACCGUCUCGGUACAAAAGCCGAUCUUGUGCUGAUGUAUCCCGCCAAGUUUUUCGUGUCUGAGAACGAUAGUUCAAUUGAAGCACGUCUACUUCGUUUUGCAAGAGAUAAUUAUAACGUGAAGCUUCGGCCAAUCGAGGUAAUCAUGAAGGGAGGGGGAGGAGCACCAUGGUCAACGAGCUACACGAAGCUCCUCGCUUUUAAUCAAACAGAUUAUGGCAGAGUUCUCAACUUAGACUCUGACGCCACCCUGCUGCAGACGAUGGACGAGCUGUUCCUACUCCCACCAGCUCCGGUCGCCAUGCCACUGGCCUACUGGUUUUAUCCGGAAGAACGAGUAUUCACAUCCGGGCUUAUGCUCAUUCAACCAUCCACGGAUGAAUUCAAUCGCGUGUUGGAAGAAAUAUGGGACAAUCCUUCUGAGGAAUACGACAUGGAGAUUAUGAACAAGUUAUACGAAGAUAAUACUCUCGUUAUACCGCACCGCCCUUACAUGCUUUUGACGGGAGAAUUCCGCGCCAAGAACCAUGAGGCCUAUCUGGGAAAUACAUAUGAACCGUGGGAUGCGGACGAAGUUCUAAGAACAGCUAAAUAUCUCCAUUUCUCUGACUGGCCAGUUCCCAAGCCAUGGGUUGCCGCUACUCAACAUGUGAUCGAGCAGACCCAGCCUCCUUGCGAGGUCAACCCUGCUACUGGUCAGCGAGAUGACUGCCAUCUCCGAGAGAUCUGGCUAGGGAUGUACAAGGAAUUUAUGACUAGACGACAGAGCGUAUGUGGCGUUGCUAUACAAGACCAGGAUGCUCAAUAACAGGUCGAUCCUCCUUUGACAUCAUUUCAUGAUGAAUGUGAAGAACAUAACACUGCUUUCUGAACGCUGGACGUUCUCGUGUAAAACAUGUUUUACUUUUCUUUUCUACCUAUUUUCUCUCUCUCUCCAUAAGCCAUCAGUCAAAUUCUGUUCAGCAUUCACGUUCGAGCUCUACUUUUGAAGACCUUUUCAAAGAUUUGGUUUAUUUUCCGCGACAUAUUAUGAUAGAUACGAUUGUCAUAUCCAUCUAUUGAGUUCUAAUCAGAUUUGGAUUAACACCCUGUCAAGCAAUGGUUGUGGUGCCAGUAUUAUUAGGAGUUAUCUGUUUGAUACUUAGACUUAGAACAGGAAAUAUUUAUGAAAGUUAGUG